AUGGCUUCCCUGCGGCUGUUCUUCCCUUCCGGUUCUCAAAAACCCGCCCCCCAGAUUUCUCGCCUCAUACCCGCCGCCGCCGCCGCGGCUCCGCCGGGGAAGUGGGGUUGGAAAGCCGCGCCGCCGCUGUCUUCCAAACUCCGGCUAUCUGGGGCGAAGGGGCCGAGGUUUUCCGGCGAGGACUGGGCGGUUUCCAGAUUGCGCUUCCGCGGGGUGGACGCGACCCCCGGCAGCAGCGAGACGAGGCCGUCAGCGGCGCCGGAGAGGGACGGCGGCGGAGACGGAAGCGGCGGAGGAGGUGGCGGAGAGGAGGAGGAUGGGGGCGAGGAGAAGAAGGGUCUUCUGCCGGAAUGGGCCAGCAUCACGCCGGAGGACGCGAAGACCGUGCUGGCGGCGUUCGCCAUCUCCAUAGCCUUCCGGUCCUUCAUAGCUGAGCCGAGAUUCAUUCCUUCCUUGUCCAUGUACCCCACUUUCGACGUCGGAGAUAGGCUCGUCGCUGAGAAGGUGCGCCUCCUCUCCUCUGCCCAUUGAACCUCUGAGUUGCUCGUUGAAGGAAAUUAUUCUGGGUUGUAGAGAAUUAUGACUCUGGAGGAACUGGGAUUGCGACUGUUUCACGGAACAGAACACCCUAUUAGGGUUUCUUCUGUAGUGUCCGGUUUCGCUGGUUGAUUCGGAGGUUCUUAUGAUCUUGCGCUCUAGCACUGUGGUGAUUUUUAGAGUUUUCAAGAUCAUCCGAAAGACUGAUCAACUAUCAGAGCCUGAAAUGCAUAGAAAAUGGUUCUCUUUUGUAUAUCGCUCAUCUCCUGAAGAAUUAAUCAUCACUCUCCAACCCAAUGCCUGCAGUCCCUCCUGGUUUUUCCCCAUGGUUUCGAUGCUCCCUAGCCACAGGGCCCGGUGAAGCUCUGAUCUUUGGUUUUAUGAGCCUAGUUUUUCUUCCCAUCAGGUUUCUCCUAGAACAGGUCGCCAGAGUAUCUUCUCUCUGCAUAUAAUUUCGCGCCUAUUAAAGGAAUCCGAUGAACCCAGGGCACCAAUGAUGGCAAAAUAUUACCACAGUUUUGCUUAGAAUUGCUAUAUUAGGUAUGCAUGUUCAUCUGAUCCUGGUUUUCAUUAGAUUUUCUACACUAGGAGCUUGAUGUGUUUCAGUUCUUCAGUAUAUUUGCUUAAUGAGCAGCAUGAGAUGAUAUUUUUAUUGAUGUAACUUUGAGGUUUCAUGCAUAACAGGAAUUUCUCUCAUCGUUCCUAGGUCACAUACUACUUCAGAAAGCCUUGUGUGAAUGACAUAGUGAUCUUCAAAAGCCCCCCAGUCUUGCAGGUGAGUGAGUUUCCUGGCCUGAAAGAAAGUUCAUUAAAAAAAAGAAGAGAAAAAGUCAAUGCUCUGUUGUUAUCUCUGCAGGAGGCUGGGUAUACCGAUGAAGAUGUCUUUAUCAAACGGGUUGUGGCCAAGGAAGGUGAUGUUGUUGAGGUAAGUCAAUUGGAGGUAGUAAGUCAACCGUAUAUACCUAUUCUUUUCUUAAGUGAUGGAUAGAAGAUUUGAAGAUGAUCUGGACCAAAAAUGGGCAAUAAAGAAAGUAUGGGGGCUGUUCUUCCUAAACCAAAAAGUCAACUGGCUGGAUAAAUGGACUGCCCAAUGGCCUCGUGUGUGUUAAUUUCCAAGUGAGAAUAGAAAAGUCAAAGUCUCCUUCACACAUGUCCCUGUCGCGUGAAGAUCACCUCUGUUUGUUCUAUGCAAGGAUCCGUAGCUCUGAUAAAAACAAUUUAUGUUUUUCCUCAUGAAGGUACGAGAUGGGAAGCUUGUGGUAAAUGGCACUGUGAGAAACGAAGGCUUCAUUCUUGAGCCCCCGGCAUAUGAUAUGAGCCCAGUCGUAAGUUUCUCCACCAUUUCCGUACUUUAUGAAACCCUAAAUUCUUCAAAAUGGGCGCCCUGUUGAUCCAGUUCUUCCCUGCUCACAUGCCCAUCCAUCUGACUGAAACAGGUCCCCCAAUGAACUGAUGGUUUAAUUAUUUUUAUUUUCCUCAUUAAAGUAUUGGUUUCUUGCAUGAUCUUGAUGCAAUAUUUUUUACUUGUUCUUCAACUGAAGUAGGGAUAAUAACUUUUGAUUUCCUUUAUUUUCAUUAAAAUGCAGCAUGUGCCCAAAGACUCUGUCUUUGUGAUGGGCGACAACCGCAACAACAGCUACGAUUCACAUGUCUGGUAAGAUCUCUUACUUGUUCAUCCGCCAAGGCUCUAUCUCUCUGCACCAAGCUGAGUUCAAGUCACAUGUGAAGGGGCCCUCUUCCUGCCAAGAACAUACUCGGGAGAUCUGUGUUCAAGUAUUGGCCUCCGGAUAGAAUUGGCGGCACCGUCCUCGAAGAAAGCUGCCCAAAGGAGAGCCCAGGGUCAUAG